GGUGCCGGGUGCGCGUGACCUUGGUGUCAUCCUCUGCGUCGCUCCCGUCUACCCGGCCUACCGGACCUGCCCGACCCGACCUGCUCGGCCCGGCCCGGCCUGGCCUGACCCGGCCCCGAUCCGAACUUCCAGGCCCGACCCACCCGACAUGCUGCCGCUGCGCUGCGGCUCCCGCCUGCUGGGCCUGCUCGCGGCCCCGCGCCCCGCACCCUUGGGUGUCCCCGCCGUCCGGGCCUGUAGCGGCCGCGGCGCCCCGAACCCGGACUCGGCCGCAAGGAACCCGCUGGUCUACCUGGACGUGGGCGCCGACGGGCAGCCGCUGGGCCGCGUGGUGCUGGAGCUGAAGGCAGAUGUAGUCCCCAAAACUGCAGAAAACUUCAGAGCCCUGUGCACGGGUGAGAAGGGCUUCGGCUACAAGGGCUCCACCUUUCACCGUGUGAUUCCCUCCUUCAUGUGCCAGGCUGGGGACUUCACCAACCACAACGGCACAGGUGGCAAAUCCAUCUACGGGAGUCGCUUCCCUGAUGAGAACUUCAAGCUGAAGCAUGAUGGCCCAGGGAUCUUGUCCAUGGCCAACGCGGGCCCCAACACCAAUGGCUCUCAGUUCUUCAUCUGCACCAUCAAGACUGACUGGUUGGACGGCAAACAUGUGGUGUUCGGGCGUGUCCAGGAGGGCAUGGAGGUGGUGAAGAAGAUCGAGGCCCUGGGCUCCAGGAGCGGGAAGCCGGCCAAGAAGAUUGUCAUCACAGAUUGCGGUCAGCUGAGCUGACCCACCAGCCAGCUCAGGGAUGGACACAAAGACACACAUAGACAGACACACAAACUCACCCUGGGCACCCGUCAACCAUGCCACAUCACAGUGGGCUCGAAGCCCCUGGGGAACAUGCCAGGCACCUUCCCAGCAGCUGCUCCUUCCCAAGAUUCUGUUUCCAACACUGGUGGUCAGUCUUGGCCAGCAUCACCCAAUCUGACUGGCCACAGGCUAUGGAGUGCAGCGCACAUUUGCCUGUGACAUGGACAUUGUGGGGGCUGGCGGGGCAGCCUGGCACGAAGGGCAAGUGGCCGCUGCUGUGGCCAUGACUGAGCCAUGCUGGCCUGGGG